AAUCACAAAAUUGUCAAAAUCCAAAACGAGUUGCUUACCAAAUCACAAGAACUUAAAAAAGCGUCCAAAUUUGUUCUUCACAAAAACAGAGCAUUACGACAAAAAUGAACUACAACAGAUAUUCACUAACAAUGGAAAACAAGAAAAUGAUACAAUCAAAUCAAAUGGAUCCCAAAAUAUGGAGUCGAUUACCAGAAGAUGUAUUAGAGCAUUUGCUUUCAUUUCUUCCAUUAAAAACAUUCUUGAAACUCAGAUCAACUUGUAAGCAUUUCAAAACUCUUCUUUUUUCACCCCCUUUCAUUUCUAAAUCUUCUUCUUCUUCUUCUUCUUCUUCUUCUUCACCUUUUUCUUCAUUUUUCUUACUUUCACAUCCACAAUUCCCUAGACAAUACCCUUUAUUCGAUACUGUUCAUAACAACUGGCGGAAUUUAUCUCUGUGUAUUUCCCCUGUUUUGCCAUCUUCUUCCUCUGUUCUUUUAUCUUCUUCUAAUGGCUUGCUUUGUUUCAAUAGUUCAAAUUCUAGUUCUUUCAUUAUAACUAAUGUUUUAGCUAGAUCUUCUAGGGUUGUAAAAUACCCAAAUUUGCCUUUUUCUUUUGAGUCUGUUACUUUGAUUUCUUCAUCUAAUAAUGGGUAUAAGCUGUUUGUGAUGUCUGCUUUUGGAUCUUCAAGUCAAGUUUUUGUUUAUGAUUCUUUGGUUCAUUCUUGGAGUCAAUUUGGUGGAUUUGAUCUGAUUUUAAAUGAGAAUCAUCAUCAAGAGGGGGUUUUUCAUGAUGGGUAUUUGUGGUUUAUUACACCAGAGCCUUAUUUUACAGUUUGUAUGGAUCUUGAUAAUGGGGUGUGGAAAAGAUCAAAUUUUGAGCUGCCUAGUGAGGUUACUUUUGCUAGAUUGGUGUGUGAUGGGGAUAAAAAAAUGUUCUUGGUUAGUGGAAAUGGGAGUAAUGGGAUUUCAAGAAGCAUGAAGUUGUGGGAAUUGAAUGGGGAUUCUAAGAUUUGGGUUGAAGUUGAGAAUGUGCCUGAAUUGAUUUGUAGGAAGUUUUUAUCUGUUUGUUAUCAUAACUAUGAACAUGUUUAUUGUUUUUGGCAUAAAGGGUUGAUUUGUGUUUGUUGUUAUUCUUGGCCUGAGAUAUUGUAUUAUAAGGUUUCUAGAAGGACUUGGCAUUGGCUUCCUAAAUGCCCUUCAUUGCCUGAUAAAUGGAGUUGUGGAUUCAGAUGGUUUUCCUUUGUUCCUGAGCUAUAUGCCUUUGUGUAAUAGUAACAUCAAUUGACCAACUAGGUUGUGGGUGCAGUGGUAGGACUGCUCCACCCUUUAUUAGAGGUCUCAGAUUCGAGCUCUGGGUAUGGAGAAAGUAUCAUUCCUGAAUGAGCCUUGCAGUGUGUGGUCUAGAUUUAGUCGUGGCUCCAGUGCAGGCUCUGGACAUCGGGUGGGGAAAAAAACUUAAAUUGGUUCUUGAAGUUGAAAUCGUGUACUUCUGAGGAGGUCUGACCGGCAGUGUUUGGUUUUUGUUUCUUGACUCUCUUUAUAGUAUUUGUUUUGUUUUGGUGUAUAUAGAGUAGAGCAUUAUUUGUGUUGGAUUUGUAACAGUUAGCAGUUAUCACUUAUCUAUGUAGGAAAAUAAACCUUGUAGAAGCAUUGUUUUGUUUGAAAGAAUUUGAGUGUUGUUGAAUUUUGGUGUACUUUGAAAAGGAACUAAAAAGGCAGUUGAAUUU